AUGGCCGAUACCAUCAGCUCCAUCACCGACCUCCCCCUCGACAUCCUCGUACUCGUAUUCCCAUACCUCGACGCCAAGAGCUUCCUCGCCCUUUGCAGCACGUGCAAAGCCUUCCAGCAACCGUCGAUUCGAUUAGACCCAGCGUACUGGAGUUAUCUCGCUCGAACGACCUUCCGCGUACCGAACCAGCCAGUCGUACAACAUGACGGCGACCGCUGGCAGAAGAUGUAUCGCCGCAUGCUCACCCAGAGCCGCGUAUACACAUGGGGCCAUAACUCGCACAACCGCUUGGGGCAUGCUUCAGACCCGGAGGACCACGCACAUGGUCGGACGCCUCGAAUGAGAGGAAUGAGAGCUGGCAUGAUGCGGCCAGGCAGGCGCAUGUACAACGCCCAUCAAGCCUUCCCGACGGAGAUGGACAAGACACGAGAACUAGGAGUCAUUGCCGACAUGCAAUGUGGUGGCUGGUCCACGACUUUGCUCACCUCCAAAGGUACCCUCUACACUGCUGGCGCCCUUGAUGGCCAGAGGAUACUCAUUGCUAGCGGGCCUCUGCAACCACUCCGCUUCCCAGAAGGCUAUCCUUCAAAUACCUCCGAGGCCCAAUACGAAGAGCCGACUGUCGCCAUCCGGCAGUUCUCCUCCGGUCGUGCACACAUACUUGGACUCUCCGACAGCGGCCGAAUCUGGUCGUGGUACGAUGUCAAGAAGCCUGCGCUCCAAGUCAAGUUCGCUACUCUGCAGCUGAACGAACUCUCCUUGAACGACAAGUCGAACGCGACCUCCAACUUCGGACAAGUAAAACAAGUGGUAGCAGGAUGGAGCCGCAGCUCGGCCUAUGUUCAUGGCGUUGGCAUCGUCGUCUGGGACCCCGUUGAGCGAGACCAUGGCGAUGAAGGUACAGACACUAUGCUUGUCCUGGAACAUGCUGAAGUUCCCAAGACCAGCUACCAGCAUGUCAAGGGCAACCGCGAUUCAGAUGAGCAGAGAGUUCUGCGUCAAGAGGUUGGAGCAGUACUGAACUACGUUAUACUGGAGCACUUUGUGCUGUUCAGCACAGACCUGGGUAAGGUGUUCUGUGGAAGAUUCGAGGAAAAGAAUCGUGUCGAGGAUAUUGUUGAGCUCCAAACUCUGCGUCACGACCAGGGAGCUCCUCUUGACGUUCAGGGCUCUUUCCGCAACUUUGCCAUCUUCAGGGACGAUGAAGUAAUUACCGGCGACCAGAACUACCUCGAAUCAUGUUGGAGCAAUCGUCACAGUCCAGGGGAUGUGCAAGGGCUGAAGAAAAUUCCGGCCUUGCAGAACAGUAACGUCAUCUCGAUUGCUUUCGGCGACUAUCACUACCUGGCACUCCACUCGGAUGGCAAGAUAACUUCAUACGGUACCGAGAACUCCGCCUGUGGCGCACUGGGGUUAGGCUCGAACGGUGACAACCUAGUCGGGAACGCACGAGGUAUCGUGUAUGACCGAUUCAAUGGCAACGGACAACUUGCCCCUCAAGCCCACACACGCGGUCGUCAGAUCUGGUUCGACGCGAGAAAAAACGAAUGGCUCAAGCAAGCGGUUCAUGACGAAGCACACGCAGAAGAGAGCCAAGAGCGCAGGGAGAUGUUCAGGACCGACCCCAACGUCCAAGGCGAGGUCAGUGAGUGGUUCGAGCAGGAAGGAAGAGCCUGGGAUCAGGACCGUGGUGAAGACGGUCUUGGUGCCUAUUUCGCUCUUCGGGUGAGUGCUGCAGGAUGGCACUCGGGCGCUUUGGUUCUGGUCAACGAAGAGUUGGCCCAGAAGGAGCCCACAUACAACCGCGAGGAUGUACAUUUUCCCAGACUCAAGCUCUCUGAUGGCAGAGAGAUGCCCGGUCAGAAAGAUUUUGACGAGUGGAGAGAGGGCCGGCCUACGCCAACCUAG